CAAGAGCCACCAGCUUCUUUGGGAUCUUUUCGCUGUCCUUGCUGUCUCACUUUGCUGUCACCUCGCCUUGCCUGUUCUGCAGGUUCCACUCGCUUGAUUUCGCCGUGGUCAGAUGCUUGCAUGCCAGCUCAUUCGCAUUGCAAGUGACCGUCUCUCGUUCGUGAUUCCCACUCCGGGGCAUGUCUAUCGGCCCUUGUCACAUGGGCCGUAUGUAGGCGGCAAUUCCUGCUCCUCCGCCGUCUGACCUCCAACCCCCUCUCUUUGUCGUGUCUUUGUGUGCCGUGGUUCGCCUUUGUCUUUUGGGAUUGUUCAACCUUCGUCCGGGACUUUCCCUGUCACUAUUGCAGGAUGCAGUACGUUCGAAGUAUCAGCGGUUCGGUCUCCAAGACCUGGAACUCCAUCAAUCCAGCCACCUUGAGUGGGGCAAUCGAUGUGAUCGUGAUUGAACAAGAAGAUGGAACCCUUGCCUGUUCACCCUUCCAUGUCCGUUUUGGCAAAUUCUCAUUGCUCCGCCCGUACGAGAAGAAGGUGGAAUUCUCCGUCAAUGGGAUCAGACAAAACUAUGCGAUGAAGCUGGGCGAGGGCGGGGAGGCCUUCUUCGUCUUUGAGACGACGGACGAGAUUCCCGCCUCGCUCCAGACGUCGCCUUUAGUGUCGCCAACUAGUAGCCCCAAGAUGCGCAGCGAGGAAAACCUUCCCCCCUCCCUCCAAGAACCCGAUUACCUAGAUCUCGAUCGAACCAAUGGCAGCACAGCUCUUCCCAUGCUGUCGAGGGGUAUGCGGGCAACAAGCGAUUUGGGUACCAUUACCCCCCUCUCACGAUCGCCGGAUGACUCCAGCCUGGGCCGGUCCCGGCACGGAUCGUUCGGUGAUGAACCAAAACAAAUCGACCGGACGGUUACGGAUACGGUGCUGUUGACCAAGAGCCGCUCCAACAGUGUUAGCGUGGCGGACCAAGUAUAUGGAUUGCAGUCACCUGGUGCGAGCGCCUCGAGCGAUGACGUCGGUCCGGAUGGCCGUCCGCGAAGUCCCCCGUUGUUAUCGCCGGAAGAGGCGAUGUCUCGCGCUGUCUCACUAUCGAAGAAACUCUCUGGGUCGAAUAUUCCGUCUCGCGUUACUGAAACGGGUGAUCUCAUGCUUGACAUGACCGGCUAUAAAAGCAGCGAGGAGGAUGCUCUCCGGGCGGAAGUCCUUGCACGGAAGAUCCUCGCCGAGGAAUUGGAGGGAAGCUAUGAUAUCGGGGCUCUUAUCGGGGCCGACGAGCAUGGCAACCUGUGGAUCUACAGCAGCGAGGAAGCAAAGGAGGCUGCCAACCGGCGAGCUACGUUCAAUGCGAUGCGGCCGAGCUCUGCCAUGAGCGAGCAUGCGAUUUCCGACCCAGGGUAUCACAGCGAUAGUGAUCGGUCUAUCAAUGAUAAGCCGAUGCCCACCCGGCACCAUCGCGCCCAGUCCGAUGUCCAACCCGGCUUUCCUACCCCGCCGCAGUCUCCGACACAAGAGCCUCUGGCUACAGAGUCCGCCCGAAACUAUGCCAAGACUCUGCGUCUGACGAGUAACCAACUCAAGGCGCUGAAUCUGAAGCCUGGUGCGAACAACAUGUCGUUCAGCGUUAACCGGGCUACUUGCACGGCGACGAUGUAUCUGUGGAACGGUAACGUCCCCAUUGUCAUUUCCGACAUUGAUGGGACUAUCACCAAAUCGGAUGCCCUGGGCCAUGUGUUGAACAUGAUCGGCCGUGACUGGACGCAUGCGGGCGUGGCCAAGUUGUAUACUGACAUUGCCAACAAUGGUUACAACAUCAUGUAUCUUACGAGUCGAUCGGUUGGCCAGGCCGAUCUUACGCGGGCCUACCUGUACGGGGUCAAUCAGGACGGAUACCGAUUGCCCAAGGGCCCGGUCAUCAUGAGCCCUGAUCGGACCAUGGCGGCUCUCCGACGGGAGAUCUACCUGAGGAAGCCCGAGGUGUUCAAGAUGGCUUGUCUGCGGGAUAUCCUCAAUCUGUUCAAUGGCAAGGAAAAUCCCUUCUACGCCGGGUUCGGCAACCGCCUGACGGACGCGCUGAGCUAUCGGUCUGUGAACAUCCCAUCGACCCGGAUCUUCACGAUCAACUCGAACGCGGAGGUUGUACUAGAUCUCCUCAGUCUGAACAAAUACAAGAGCAGCUAUGUGUCGAUGACCGAACUGCUUGACCAUUUCUUCCCACCGGUGAGUCUGCUGGUACAGGCUGGAGGCGAAGAAUAUACCGACUUUACCUAUUGGCGGGAGCCCCCACCGGAUCUGGAAGACUUCUCAUGUACAGACAGUGAAGCGGAAGAAGGUGACCAGGAAGAGGAGGAAGAAGAGGAAGAGGAGGAAGAGGAAGAGGACUACGACGGGGAGCUGAGUGAGGAGGAUGGGAGUGAUGUGGAAGAGGACGAGGCCGGGGAAGAUCUCGGGGCUAGCUACAUCUCGCAGGACUCAGUCGAUGGAUCCGAACUGGCUGACAGCCGCAGUCUUCAAAUCGAUGAGGGCGUGGAAGAAGAAGACGAGGUCCUGUCUGACGAAGAGCCGGUGGUCUCCCCUCGUCUGACCAAGUCGAACCCUGGGUCUCCGAAGCGAUGAUCGGAUGGCCGUGGAUGCAUCAACUGCAACUAGGCGGCUCAGUGUCCAGUGCCUGAUACCCCGCUACGCGCGAUGCCGCUGUGCCUGGACUCUAACAUUUAUUGCAUGGAUGAGGUGUUUGUUGAUAGAUUUGCAUGAUGGGCGUUUGCACAGGUCGCAUAACCAUAUAGUUACUGCUUUAUUCAGCAGCGCAUAAUGUAUGAUAGGGAGAAUUCGAUUUGGCUGUAUAGAAUGUGCUAGAUGAAUAUUACCUGACUGUUGCAC